UCACCGCCAAGGAAAUCGGCGUCUUUCUCAAUAUCGCACCAGUUCACACCCGAUCACUCUGAUCUCAGUGACUGAGCUACUCCAGCGCUUCGACAACCCGCUGGCGUUCCUCUUUAAGGUAGGCUGGCGGUUUUCAUCAGACGUCUUCUGGUCCGCAGACGGCUCGCUUUAUUUGGAGAGGGCGGAAGUGCGAGCCGCGCUGCGGUGCUAUUGGCUGAGAGGGACGCUGAGAGCGGCAGGGACCGGGCCGGGGCAGGAGAUCCGCCAGCAGCCGAUUUACCGCAAAACCUGGAGAUAAAAAGCCGCAUUACAGCCAAAGGCCUUUCUUGCCAUGGAACCACUAGUUGAGCGACUGGAACAGGCUGUGAUUCGCCUGGAGGCAGUUUCAGCCAAGCUUCAGGGUUGUUCUCCAAGCAUGGCCAAUGGUGACAUCAAUGGACUCAGUGGUGAGGCCCAGUGCGUGAAUGCAUUUGAUCGUUUACUGAGAGGCCCUCUGUGUGAAUACUUGAAGAACAGCCGGGCUAUUGGAGAAGAUGUGGCAAAGCAUGCUGAGAUGGUACAAAAGGCCCUGCAAUUGCAACGGACCUUCCUUAAAACGGUCUCUACACACCAGAGGCCUGCACAGACAGAGCUGACGGACCUCCUCAGGCCCAUCUCGGAUCAGAUAGAGGAGAUCCAGAGCUUCCGAGAGAAGAACCGCGGCAGCCAGCUGUUUAACCAUCUGUCUGCCGUCAGUGAAGGCAUUCCUGCUCUGGGCUGGGUGGCACUGAGUCAGAAGCCAGCGCCCUAUGUUAAGGAGAUGAAUGAUGCUGCUAUGUUCUACACCAACAGAGUUCUGAAGGACUACAAAGACUCUGACCCAUGCCAUGCUGAGUGGGUGCGUUCAUACUUGAGUAUCUGGACUGAACUGCAGGCCUAUAUCAAACAGCACCACACCACUGGACUGGUGUGGAGCAAGACUGGUCCUAUAGCUCCUUCAUCCCUGUUCAUGGCUGCUCCUGCUGGCCCCUGUCCUCCUCCUCCACCGCCACCACUACCUGUAUUCACAGAUGAAAGCCCUAAAUCUGACACAACUGCAGCUCAGCGCUCUGCUCUGUUCGCCCAGCUCAACCAAGGAGAGGCCAUAACUAAAGGAUUAAAGCAUGUGUCUGAUGAGCAGAAGACCCAUAAGAACCCUGUUCUGCGCUCUCAGGGUGGAGAACAUCAAACCUCUCCAUCAAAAGGCAGAGCACCCUGCUCCUCCACUCCCACACCAGCCAAGAAACAUUCUCCCGUACUGGAGCUGGAGGGGAAGAAGUGGAGGGUGGAGUACCAGGAGCAGACUCAUGGCCUGGUGAUAGAGGAAACUGAGCUCAGACAGGUGGUUUAUGUCUUUAGUUGCAACAACUCCACACUUCACAUCAAAGGCAAAGUCAACUCGAUCAUAGUGGAUAACUGCAAGAAACUUGGACUUGUGUUUGAUAAUGUAGUCGGCAUUCUUGAAGUCAUUAACUCCAAGGACAUUCAGCUCCAGGUGCUGGGAAAAGUGCCAACUAUUUCUAUCAAUAAGACAGAGGGAUGUCACGUCUACCUGAGCAAGGAGGCUCUAAACUGUGAGAUUAUCAGUGCCAAGAGUUCUGAAAUGAACAUCCUGGUUCCUCAGGAAGAUGACGACUAUAGAGAGUUUCCAGUCCCAGAACAGUUUAAGACAGUUUGGCAUGGGUCCAAGCUGGUGACGGAGCCAACGGAGAUUGCUGGCUGAAUGACAGAUUCAUUGUGCUUUCCAUGUCAUCUGUACUAGUAGCCCCCAAUCCACUACCCCUCCACUAUCAGUGCUGGUCUUGGAGAAUCAUUUAGUCUCUGUCCUAAAUUGUACAUUAGGGUUCUCCAUUGAAAAUCCCUUAUGUACUGUAAGACCUGGGUUAAUGUGUGUUGUACUACGAAGACACGAAAAGGGGGUCAGAAUAAUCGCAAACACUGUAUAGUUUAGAGGAUUGGAAGCAGAUUUUAAGUGAAAGCCUGUUUUUCUACAGCUGUCAAAUUACAAUUUGGGUUCCUGAUUAAAUUCAGAUAUCUCUUUACUUCAGUGAAUCAGCCCAACAGCCAAAAUCCAUCAAAUUAAAAAAUAUUAAAGAAAUUGAUUUUGCUCCACAGCACUUUUCAGAGUUGUUUUGAAUGUCAUCUUUCAGACCUAUGCAUUUUGUGCAUGGCAGUUAACUGCCUUUGUGUUUACAAAAGCAUUUUCUUUUCAGUCCUGUUUUCUGUUGAAAUAAUGUUUUAAGAUUUAAGAUGUUUUAAAGAUUUCACUGACAUAGACACAGGUUUAUUAGACACAGGCUGAGCUCAGACCUAUUUGGGGAAAAAUGCAGCACUACUUUGUCUGGGUAUGUGAAUUUGGCUCUUCAUUAUCAAGAAAAUAUGUGCCUCAAGUUUUUUUUUCUAAUUUCACACAUUUCAUGUAAUGUAAAAUGUGUCUUUUUAUUGUUUUGAUAUUCCUUCACCCAGUAUGGUGAUUGUAGUUGCACAGGCAUACAGUACAAAGACAGUGUCAACCUGUGCCAUCUAGGUCAUACACUGAUUUUUGAUUUA